AUGCGAGGCGACGAUCAGCUGUCGCAUUGGUUGGUGGAAGUCGUGAGGCCCGGAGGAGCGUCCGCUUCGAGCAGCAAGAGCGGGCGGGUGGGAGCGAGAGGCGAUAUUAGGGAUGGCGCGGGCGAGGCGGCGGGACUCGCGGUAGCAGUAGAGGAGGCGAAGAACGAGCGGUCGGGUCGCGUUCUCCUCAUUCUCGUGCACGUGGUCGCGGGCUGCGACACGCGAGGUCCCUCGUCCCACGGCGCGGAGUCACCGAGGGGGGCAGCAGGGCAGGGGCAGCAGGCGGCGGCGGAUGCGGAUGUGGAGGCGGAGGCGGAGACGGAGGAGGCGCUCAAGUGGGCGCUGCUCAAGCCGCUGCAGGUCGCCGUGCAGCAGCACCAGCUGAGGGCGGUGAUGCACGUGGAGGCCAGUGUCUCCAGGGAGCGCGGCCUCGCUGACGUGGCGCAUCGUUUCCAUGCGACGCGGCUCUACAUCGGCCUGGUCAAGAGGUCGGUGCUCUGGUCGCGCCUCUCCGCGCUGUCCCUCGCGCCCCACUCCGCGCACCACCAAUCGCGCCCCACGCUCCUCUCCGCCCUCCCCACCACCUGCCUGCUCAUCGAGGCUCGGGGCACCCGCCGCCUCUCCACGCAUUCUCACCCCCUUUCCGCCUCCGCCACCACACCCGCCCUCCCCGAGUCGCUCUCGCUGCCCCAAGGCGGGCGCUCCGCGCGCUCGUUGCGGGCCGCGGGGUCGUUCCUGGACGGCGCGCGGCGCAUUGUGGGGCGGCGGUCGGAAGCUGAGGAGGGGGGACGAGGGGGGGAGUACGGGGGAAAGAAGAGAAAGGCGAAGAGCGGGGUUUUGGAAGCGCGGGGUACAGUGGGGUGGGAGGGGGAAGAAGAGGGAAAAGGGGAGGGGCAAGUGCGAGCGCGGCAGGGGCAAUCGCUGGGGAAGGCGUGGAGCGGGGCGUGGUCGGGGGCGUGGCAGCAGGGCAGGGGGGCGGUGAGCGGGACACUGGAGGCGCAGCAGGCGGGCAUGGGGGCAGCGCGCGGUAGUAGUGUGACGUCAUCAUCAGGGGUAACAGUAGUGCGAAGCUUGUCCGUGGGGGAGGGCGCGCACGAUGCGCAUGAUGCGCGGCUCCAUGGGCGCACUGCUGCACUCGCGCAUGCCCACGCUCACGCUCAUGCUGAUGGGGGUAACGGCCGUGGUGCUGUUGCUGCUGCAGCUGAAGAUGAUAGUGGUGGUAGUAGCAGGCAGAGGGAGCGAGGUAGCACACCACAACAGCACCACCACCACCACCACCACCACCACCACCAACAUGCACACCCCUCAUGGCUCCAGGAACGGCGCGGCAGUGGCUCCUUCAUGCCCACGUGGAGCUUUGGCCGCAGGACACGUGGCAGCGGCCCGUUGAUUGCUGUUGAGAGGGGCGACGGCGAGCGUAUGGGUGGUGAGAGCAGGCCUCGGUCAGGAGUGGUGAGGGCAGUGGGGGUAGACGGAGGGGAGAGCGGAGGGGAGUGGGAGAGGGAGUGCGAGAGCGAGCGUGAGGGUGAGGGUGAGAGGAAGCGGAAAGUGGAGGGGAGGGUUGGGAGUGGAAGUGGGAAGGGUGCAAGGCGGUACAGCCGGCGGUGGAGGCAGGGGCGGCUGAGGACCCAGUCAGGGCCCCUGGGUCCGCACUCCCCCUCCCUCGCCUCCCCCUGCGCGCCCGCCUCUGCACCUGCACCGCCCGCUCUCGCUGCUGCUCCCCCUCACGGCAGCAUGGCAGCAGCAGCAGCGCAGCCAGGCGGGCACGCGGACACUGCUGCAGCGCGCGCAGAGGAGGGCGCGUGCAGUGGUGGCAGGCGGGAGCGGUUUCACAGGUCCGAGAGCAUAACGGAGGGGGGAGAGGGGGAGGAAGGAGAGGCGACAGAGGCGGUUAGAGGCACAGAGGAGCGUGGAUCCGUAAAGGGGGAGGUGUCGAGGCAGCAGGUGGAGGAGCAGGCAUGCGGCAAGGCGGGCAAAGGGUUGCGCAGGGACGUGCAGCGGCUGCUGCAUGCAGACGUGCACUCCGCUGCGCCCACCCCGCCCCCCUGGCCCAUGGGCCUCUUCCGCUCCUCCUCCGUGCCCGGCCCCUCCACCGUCACCCGCGCCUCCCCAUCGCCGCUCGCCACGUCCUCCUCCUUCUCGUCGUUGUCCUCCUCUGUGCGUCGCCCCCCCUCGCUGCUGUUCGCCAGGGCCUCGUCCGUGCCCGGCUCCACUCGCCGCGUGUCCUCCCGCCGCCACACACACGUCACGGGCGGGCACGGUGGGCAGGGCAGCAGGCGGCGGCACAGCGAGGGGAAGAGCAGCCGUGGCGCUGGCAGCUCCGGGGCAAGGAAUGGGGUGGUGCUGGGGGGGAGGGAGAGGGGUGUAGAGGGGGCGGACGCAGGGAGACGAGAAGGGGAAGAGGCGGCCAUGGGAGGCGUGGCAGUGAGGAGUGGGGAGUGUGGAGCGGCAGGAGGAGGAGGAGAGGCGUGCGCAGUGAACGAGGCUCCGGAUUACGCUGCGUAUGCGCCCUUCCCCCACUCGCUCUCCUCCUCGUCUUCCUCGUCCUCAUCCGCGCGCCUGCGCUCUCUCUUCCGCGCCACCUGCACCCUCUCCGCCACGCCCACCUCCCCCGCCUCUCCUGCCGACACCGCGUCGCCCGCCAUGCCGCCCAGGAGCGACGGGCGGGGCGGCAGGGGCGGCAGGGCGUACGAGGUGGUGCCGGUGGAUUGGCUGCAGGAGGUGGAGGCGCGGAGGGCGCGCAUGAGCGGGGGAGAAGCGGGGGAGGGCGGUGGGCGCGGCAGCCUGGACAGCCAGAUGAGGAGAGCAGCGGGUGUUGUCACGGGUGAUCAUCAUGCCCGCGGCUCACGCAGUGCCCGAGCCAGUGGGGCCGGUGACGCCACCCGCGCUGCUGCCAGACCCACAGGGCCCUCCCGCAAGGCUGCGUGCAAGCCGCUGUGCACCACGGCAUGUGCACCCGGGUUCAGUGACCAGAGCAGCCCCCUCUGCAACUCCACUCCUGCUCUCACGCCCACCACUCCAGCCACUGCCACCACUGCCACUGCACCUAUCUCCGUGCCCUCCACCGACUCCGCACCGUCCAGUGCUUGCUCUUUCUCUCCCCACACCCCUCCCGCCGCUGUCCCUGCAGAUUCUCCCUUUCCCGCCACUGCUGCCGCCAGGUGCAACUGCUCGCAUGCGCAGCACCUAGAGCCCCACCUCGCUGCACCGUGUGAGCGUGCAUGCAGUGCUCUGCAGCACAGGCAGCCCACCGCAGGUGCACACGAGGAGGGCACAGCAGAGGCCACCAUUUCGGGGCUAACGAAUGGCGCGCAGCACCACAUGCAUCCGCCGCACCUCACCAUCCUCACACCCCACAGCGCCUGCAGCGCCACCUCCACGCCCACCCCCUCGCACACCACUCCCGCACCACCCGCCACCACCACGCCUGCCAGCAUGCACCAGUGGCGGCGGCGGCGGCGGCGCGAGUGGCGGGGGCGGGACGACAGUGACAGCGUGAGGCGCAUGAACGCGUCGCUGGCGUACCUGUCGGUGCAGCACAGCCACCUCGUGCACCUGGGCGCCGCUGAUGAUGACGACGACGGGCUGGACGUGGACGAGAUGGUCGUGGGCGCUCGCCUGGACGCCGCCGGUGAGCGCGCCCUGCUCAUGGGCGCGCACAUGGCCGCUGCUGUGGACGGCAUGCCGUGGCACGGCCACUGGGGGGCCGUGGAUGGAGCAGGCGAAGGGGACGUGGAUGACGCGGAGAGGGGGGAGUUUGGUGGGGAGUGCAGUGACGGAUGGCAGGAGGAGGAGAUGGGGUGGGUGGAUUGCAUGGGGAGUGCAGCGGGUGACGCUUCCUCUGUAUAUGAUCGCUAUUCUGGGCCUCUCACUCAUGCUGCCCUUGCUGCUGCUGGGGUGAUCACAAGCACAGCAGCAGCAGCAGCAGCAUCGCCAUCAGGUGCCCCCUCCUCAUUCCACAGCAGUCCCAACAGGGCAGCACCCCCAUCCGUCUCCUCCCAUGCCAGCACCCCUGCAGCAAUGAGCCCAGCCUGCCUCUCCCCUCGCGCGCACCCCUCUGCACACAGCCCCUGCCGCAGCACCUCCCAUGGCUCCCCCUCUGCCUCCCUGCCGCGUGUGCCCUGCUCCCUCUCCCACGGCUCCUGCGACAGCAGUACAGGCAGUGGAGCGAGUGAGGGGCGGCGGCGCUCCAUGCUGGGAAUGAGCCGCAGCAUGGGCGUGGCCACGCUCUCUCACGCCCUCUCCUCUCUCACUCACGCCGCUGCUCUGUCCUCGGGGUCCAUCUCAGGCUCCCCUGCUGCCGCCCGGCCUGCCUCGCGCCUCAUGCUGUCGUCAGGGCCCACACUCGACGCACAGCACACCUGCGGUAACGGCAGCACGUCCUUAGGGAGUGGCGCGGGCACGGGCGCCGGCAGGGGCAUGGGAGGGGAGGAGGACACGGAGGGCGACAUGGGGCUGGACAUUGACAUACUCCUCUCCGACCUGCGUUCCCGCCAGAUGCGCUCCGCCUCCGGGCCCCUGGCGCCUCGCAUGUCUGGCCCCCUGCGCUCUGUCACCCAUCCUGCUGCUGGCAUGGCUGCUGCAGCUGCAGCGGCCGUGGCCAGUGUGGGGGAGAGAGGCGGGGAGGACAGGAGUGCGCCGUUGUGUGAUGUGGGGGUGGAUGCAUGGCGGAGUGCAGCAGAGGCAGACUUGGGAGACCACUCCCUGGCUGCAUGCUCCUAA